AUGGAUGUUCUGGGCUUGGCUGCGAGGCUACAGCUAAUGCUCUUGGCACUCCUGAGUGUGUGUCUGAGCCUGGAGUUCACCGGGGCCCCCGGCCAGUGGGCCCGCUACCUCCGCUGGGACGCCAGCACGCGCAGCGACCUCAGCUUCCAGUUCAAGACGGACAUGUCCACGGCGCUGCUACUGUACUUUGACGACGGCGGCUACUGCGACUUCCUGCAGCUGAUGGUGGUGGAAGGCAAGUUGCAGCUGCGCUUCAGCAUUGACUGCGCCGAUAUUGCCAUGGUGUCCGACAAGAGAGUUAAUGACAGCAGCUGGCACUUUGCCACGCUGAGCCGCUACGGCCUGCGGACGGUAUUGGGGCUGGAUGGCCAGGUCAAGGCGGACGAGGUGCGGCCCACCGGAGGUAGCCGCCAGCACAUGAAGAUAAUCAGUGACCUGUUUCUGGGAGGUGUGCCGCCGGACAUCCGUACGUCAGCGCUCACACUGCCCACAGCGUGCGACGCCCCGCCCUUCAGAGGAACUAUCAUGGAUCUGAAGUAUGGGAACACGGAACCGGUUCUCCUCAGCAGCCUCAGGGUCCAUCUGGAGUCGGACCAGCGCUGUACGGAGAACCCGUGUGAGAAUGGUGGGAGCUGCUCCGUGGUGGAUGGGGAACCCGUGUGUGACUGUUCCAAAACGGAAUACAAGGGCCGUUUCUGCAAUGAAGAGGUCAACGACAAUAUUCCAGGAUUUUCACAUAUGAUGAUGGCAGAGCAAGCCAAGGGAAAAGCGCGGGAGGAGAAUGUGGCCACGUUCCGCGGCUCUGAGUACUUCUGCUACGACCUGUCCCAGAACCCUAUCCAGUCCUCCAGCGACGAGAUCACGCUCUCCUUCAAGACGUGGCAGCGCAAUGGCCUGAUCCUCCACACGGGGAAGUCUGCUGACUACGUCAACCUGGCCCUGAAGGACGGAGCCAUGUCCCUGGUCAUCAACCUGGGCUCCGGGGCCUUCGAGGCCAUCGUGGAGCCUGUCAACGGGAAGUUCAAUGACAAUACCUGGCACGACGUCAAGGUCAUGCGCAACCUCAGACAGCAAUCAGGCAUUGGACACGCUAUGGUAAACAAACUCCAUAGUCUGGUGACGUUAUCGGUUGACGGUAUCCUGACGACCACGGGCUACACCCAGGAGGACUACACCAUGCUGGGAUCCGAUGACUUCUUCUACGUGGGUGGAAGCCCCAGUACCGCUGACCUGCCUGGAUCUCCUGUCAGCAACAACUUCAUGGGCUGCCUCAAAGAGGUGGUCUACAAGAACAACGACAUCCGUCUGGAGCUCUCCCGUCUGGCGCAUAUCGUGGACCCCAAGAUGAAGAUCCAGGGGGAUGUGAUGUUUAAGUGUGAGAACGUGGCCACCAUGGACCCUAUCUCCUUCGAGACCCCCGAGGCCUACAUCAGCCUGCCCAAGUGGAACACCAAGAGAAUGGGUUCCUUGUCCUUUGACUUCAGGACCUCGGAACCCAACGGACUCAUCCUCUUCACCCACGGCAAGCCUCAGGAGCGCAAGGAGGCCCAACGCAGCCAGAAGAACACCAAGGUGGACUUCUUUGCGGUAGAACUGCUGGAUGGCAGUCUGUACCUGCUGUUGGACAUGGGCUCAGGGACCAUCAAGGUCAAAGCCACCCAGAACAAGGUCAACGAUGGAGCCUGGUACCACGUGGACAUACAGAGGGACGGACGCUCAGGCACCAUCUCAGUCAACAGCCGGCGCACUCCAUUCAUGGCCAGCGGAGAGAGUGAGAUCCUGGACCUGGAGGGGGACAUGUACCUAGGUGGUCUACCCUUAGACCGCGCCAACCUCAUCCUGCCCACCGAGCUGUGGACCGCCAUGCUCAACUAUGGCUACGUUGGCUGCGUGCGCGACCUCUUCAUCGACGGGCGCAGCAAGGACAUCCGACAGAUCGCUGAGGCCCAGAACGGCGCCGGCAUCAAGCCGUCGUGCAACAAAGUGGUGGGGAAACAGUGUGAGAGCUACCCGUGUAAGAACAGAGGCGUCUGCAAGGAGGGAUGGAACCGGUUUAUCUGCGAUUGUACCGGCACGGGGUACUGGUCACGUACCUGUGAGAGAGAAGCGUCCAUCUUGAGUUAUGACGGCAGUAUGUACAUGAAGGUGGUGAUGCCCCAGGUGAUGCACACGGAGGCGGAGGACGUGUCUCUGCGUUUCAUGUCCCAGCGGGCCUACGGCCUUCUCAUGGCCACUACCUCGCGAGACUCGGCCGACACGCUGCGUCUAGAGCUGGACGGGGGCCGGGUCAAGCUCACGGUCAACCUAGGCAGUGGUGUUCUGUUUGCACGGUACAUCCACUAUGUGUUUGAUCUUGGCAAUGGGCCCAACGUCAUCAAGGGCAACAGCGACCGGGCUCUACAUGACAACCAGUGGCACAAUGUGGUCAUCACUCGUGACAACAGCAACAUUCACACUCUGAAGGUGGACGCAAAGGCAACCAGUCAGGUGGUCAACGGAGCCAAGAACCUCGACCUGAAAGGUGACCUGUUUAUCGCUGGGCUGGGCCCUGGUAUGUACGGUAGCCUGCCCAAGCUGGUGGCAUCCAGGGACGGUUUCCAGGGCUGCCUGGCCUCAGUGGACCUCAACGGCCGCCUCCCUGACCUCCUCCAGGACGCUCUUUUCCGCAGCGGGCAGAUAGAGCGCAGAUGCGAAGUCGGUUUCAUCAAAGCUGACCUACAAGGUCCUAGCACCACCUGUCAGGAGGACUCAUGUACCAACAUGGGCGUCUGUAUCCAGCAGUGGGAGAACUACACCUGCGACUGCUCCAUGACCUCCUUCACCGGCACGCGGUGCAAUGAUCCUGGGACCACCUAUAUCUUUGGGAAAGGAGGAGGCCUCAUCACGUUCAAGUGGCCAGCCAACGAGAGGCCCAGCACGCGUACAGACAGGCUGACUGUGGGGUUCAGUACCUCCCUAAAGGACGGAAUCCUGGUCCGGAUAGACAGCGCUCCGGGUCUUGGAGACUAUCUCAUGCUCCACAUCGAACAAGGGAAGAUUGGUGUGACGUUUAACAUCGGCACAAUGGACAUCAGCGUGAGAGAGAAUAGCACACCAGUGAAUGACGGGCUGUACCAUGUUGUACGCUUUACCAGAAACGGGGGUAACGCCACACUCCAGGUGGACAACUGGUCUAUCAAUGAACACUUCCCAGGAGCGACGACCGAUAAUGAACGUCUUGAAAUUGCCACUAAGAAAUUCCCGUUGAAAUACGCCCGGCCAGUAGUGGAUUGGCUACAGGAGAAAGGCCGGCAGCUUACCAUAUUCAAUACCCAGGCCUUGGUGACCAUCGGUGGCAGCGACCGCAGUCGGCCCUUCCAGGGACAGCUGUCCGGCCUCUACUACAAUGGCCUGAAGGUCCUCAACAUGGCCGCCGAGGGCAACCCCAACAUCAAAAUCAAUGGCAGCGUCCGGUUGGUGGGUGACACGCCCUCUGUGGCCGGGUCGGCCCGCACUACCGCCCAGCCGCCCGAGUUAUCCACCACCUUUAUUGAGACCACCACCACCAUGUCCACCACCACCACCCGCAAGCACCACUCCUCUCCCACAAUACAGACGACAGAUGACAUGGUGUCUUCGGCAGAGUGUUCCAGUGACGACGAGGACCUGGAGGAGUGCGACUCUGGCCGUGCAGGUGGGCUAGGAGGUGAAUUAGUCAUCCCUGUACUCUUAGAGGACCAAUUAGUGCUACCCCCGUCCAUCCCCCUCCCAACUCUCUGCCCACCCCUCACCAUAAUUGAAACCACCAAAGAGUCCCUGUCCACGGCCACUGAGGACCGAGGCAGCGAUGAUUGUGAUGAUUGUGAUGAUGAUGAUGAUGGCUUGGUGAUAUCUGGGUAUGAUUUCGACUCUAACCUGCCUCCUACUGAUGAUGAAGAGCUUUACGCCACCUUCUCCUUGGUAACAGAUAAGACCUUGUCCACGUCGGCUUAUGAAGGUGGCUACAAAGCUCACCAGCCCAAGUGGGAAACCAAGGACUUUAGACCUAACAAACCAUCCUCAGACCGCGGUAGGACUACCACUACCGCCGUGCUGCCACUAGCACCCGACCAGAGCCGCUACACCUCCACCGCAGCCCUGCACCACGCGUCACCCGCCAAGCUGCCAGCCGGCAAAAUGAAUAACCGCGAGCUAAAACCCCAGCCAGACGUAGUGUUGCUCCCGUUGCCCACCCUACCCUAUGAGGUAGACAGCACCAAGCAGAGGGCUCCUGUAAUAACCUCCCCCAUGUUCCAUACUGUACCCACAGCCCUGCCCACCCAGCCCGGCGUCAACCGAGUCCCGGGGCCCCCGGAAGUGUCCCGCCAGUCUAGCAGCACCAUCGGGAUGGUCGUCGGGAUAGUGGCGGCCGCCGCCCUGUGCAUCGUCAUCCUCCUGUACGCCAUGUAUAAGUACAGGAACAGGGACGAGGGUUCCUACCAGGUGGACGAGAGCAGGAAUUACAUCACCAACUCGGCAACGCAGAGCAACGGAGCCGUCCUGAAGGACAAACAGCAAAGCUCGAAAGGCGUCAAAGGAAAACAGAAAAACAAGGACAAGGAGUAUUACGUUUGAGUGACGGACGUUGAGAGAUGAAAAGAGAGAGGAAGAGAAAGACAGGUAUAGAGAAAUAUAGAACUGUAAUUAACAGUUACCUUCUAAGGAGCUGCGAUGACAAAAUAUGGUAAAAACUAGAACCGUUACUUGAUACUGUGUAGAGUGAACUAUGACAUGUGUUGUAAUAUCAAGAAGACUUACUAUUGUAAGCAUACAGAGAAGGCUAAUAGCAUCUUUUGAGACCUUCCUCUUCUGUCGGGUCGUGUACAACUACUUCACAGCGACUGCAUCAUCAUCCUAAGGGACUUUUAGAACUAUGUGAUCCUUGGCGUAAAAUAUUUUUUGGGGUUUGUUUUUGUAAACCUGUACAAAAUGAAAGAUGUUCGAUAAUCUUGACCGUCUUCAGCAUGUAAGCAACAUGUAGUGCUUUAUCAAGAGUGGGUCAGGAUGAAAAGGAUCAUUGUAAAGUCAAUGAAAAAAAAAAAAUGGACUACUGCUGUUAAAAGAUAUCGUACAUUUUUUUUAUUGUAUGGAUGGUUUCGACGUUAUAAGUGUGGUGUCUACGCAACAAAUAAAAAAAAACAUCUACUACUCUAUGUAUCAAAUGACACCAAGGGAGCUCAAAUGGCUGAGGAAAGACCUCUUAGGAUCUCUUCAGAUCUCAGAGCUCUGUUGUCUGUCCUCUGAUCUCAACAUGAUUACUCUCGUUGUGUGACAGACGGACAGAGUGACA